AAUAAUAUAACAGGGCUCUUGGGAAUCUCGGGAGACUGGUAGUGCUUUUGCUCCUCGUCGUUAAUCACUUGGGUGCCUUAAAUUAUCUCCGUUAUAACUCUUCAGAUCGCAGAAAACGGUCUGCGCUUUCGCGGGAAUACUGACAAAGUUGCCCGGUUCUUUCGCUCUCUUUUUCUACGAUUUCGAAUUGAACCUAAGACAACGACUUCGGACAUUGCUAAGAACACUGACUUGGACAACGGGUACGUCAGUGGAAAGACAGUGAUCUGCAUUAUUUAAAUAACUUUUUACAAAAAAAAAAUGAAACUUGAAGUCUUCUCCGCGAGCCACUUUUUGGAGAAACCGCUGGAAGUAUGCAGCGACGCCGAAGGCAGCGUCCUGUCGCCCCUUUCGGGAGAGGAAGAGUUGGGCUCGGAUGGGGACUGUAUGGCUAACAGCCCUGCACCUGUCCUCCCCGGUGCCGACGGAAAAGGCAAACCGUACACCCGGAGACCCAAACCGCCAUACUCCUACAUCGCCUUGAUCGCCAUGGCUAUUCGCGAUUCCGCAACGGGGCGCCUGACUCUGGCGGAGAUCAACGACUAUCUGAUGAAGAAAUUCCCGUUUUUCAGGGGAAGCUACACGGGCUGGAGGAACUCCGUCCGUCACAACCUGUCACUGAAUGACUGCUUUCUGAAAGUGCUGCGGGACCCCUCCAGACCGUGGGGGAAGGACAAUUACUGGAUGCUGAACCCCCACAGCGAGUACACCUUCGCUGACGGGGUCUUCCGCCGCAGGAGGAAGCGGAUCAAUAAAAAACCUUCAAAGGACCAAGAGGUGCUCGAGUCUCCUGCCGCCAAUGACGCGUCAACCUGCAUCGGCAGCCCCUCGUCGAAAGACGAGCGCUCCGGAGCCAAGUUCUCCAGCUCUUUCGCCAUCGACAGCAUCCUCAGCAAGCCGUUCAAGAGAAAGGACGGCCAUCCCGAGACGGACGGCAACCCGGUCGGCCGGGCGAUGUGGCCCUGCGGCAGCCCCAUGGUGCCGUACGCGAUGGGCUACGCGCCCGCCGCCGUGUCCCAGCUGCAGCCGGUGUUCCAGGUCGGUUCCGGCGGCGCGCACGUGCUGCAGACGUACAGGUGCGGCUAUUCUGAGCCGAUCCUCGGCUUGGAGCACAGACGGGACAUCCUCGCCACUUUUCCAUUGACUUCAGAAGGUUCCCCAAAUUCCGAAUCUUUCUCCCCGGCUCACAUGGCUGCCGUGAGAUUGGGCAGCUAUCACCCGUUCAGAAUAGACUCUUUGCUCUCCUAAAUGCAGGAGACGAAAACCCGGGAAGAUAUUCCGCUCUGAGCACUUUCUAAGCACUGUAUAUUUUUUAUUUAGACACCAAAUGCAUUACCGGUGCAUUAAUACGAAUCUGACGCUCUGGGCAGAGCAAAAUAACCGUGUCGUUGCUAUUACUAACUUAAACUUUUCUCUGGUAAACGCAGAAUAAGGAAGAAGUUAAUAGUAGGGACAAUAUUGUAAGUUAUUUCAUUCCUUUUGUCAGUUGGUUCGUAGGUCAUUUCUCUUGCAAACGAUGGCAUCCAUGUGCCAAAAUGUGUAAACACUCUUACUCUAUUUAUGUUUUUUAAUUGUUGCUUUAAGGAUGAAACGUUUGUUUUAUGACUGGCUGCAAGAUGUUGUGGUUGAAAUGUUUGAUAUUUGUGACAAUGCUCGAUUCGGGCUGUACCCACAGUCGUAUACAGAUCCGUUUCAGAAAGGGCAGUUGCCUAUGUAAAACAGGGACGUAUUGUUUAUGUUUCCUUCAAAAAUAUGCAUGGGCGUUAUUUUUGAAUAAAAAAAACCUUUGUAAAAUCUGAAAAAA